CUGUGGGAACGGAGCGAUGCCAUCGAGAGGCAGAAGAGGAGUCUCUUUCUACCCGAGUCCAUGUCUCUUCAGUGUUCCCGCAAGCGUCGUCAGCGUGCCGUCUGCCGUUCUACCUCUGGAUUUAAAUCCGCCACGCUACCGCUCGGACUCCCGCAUCUUUGCUGGACUCUGCCGCGUUUAAAGGGGAGGCAAAGUUCCUCCGUGGACUGCACAAAUGACGACAAACGCGUUGGCUUUUCUUGCGUCUUCAAUAGCUUCCUAACGUUAAAAAUGGUUUCACUUUUCUGGAGUGAAAGUCUUUUUAUAUGUGGAAAAUUUUUUUGUAUCGCUUCAAAGUAGGACUAGUUUUUGGCAAUGUGGGAUUUUGAACUUGUCCGCAGAAGGAUUUCCUUUGGUGUUAAAUAUGUGUGAAGAAAACAAGAUCUAUAUCCUCAUCUUCACCCUUUUCCAAAGCCAUCCUUGCUAAACGAUAUCAAAAUGUGACUGUAGCACUUUUUCGUGUAUGAUACUGUGGUGUCAUUGUGACGAGCGUACAUUGGACUGCAGGUGAACUUGAAUCUCUCCCAGUUCUUCCAUCUCUGAGGGAACCCUCCCAACUAAACGGUUCCCUUUUAACCCACUUUGGGUUCCCCUGCGGGGGCUUCGCUACAACCUUUCGUCCUACUCCAGUUUUUGCGCAAAGCAAAACCCACAGCGGCAAAAGGAGGACUGAGAAGGAAGACACCCCCCUCCCAAAGUUGAGAGGGGGGUGGGAAGAUGGCAGCUCUCGCUAGCUCACUCAUUAGACAGAAACGGGCGGUCAAGGACGACCAAACCAAUCGACCGGUGGCCAACAAGCGCAAGCCCUGUCCAAAAAGCAACAAGUCCUUGUGCCAGAAACAGAUCUUGGUUCUCAUCUCCAAAGUAAGACUGUGCGGGGGUCGCAAAGGUCGGAAUGAGAAAAGGCCGGAGCCGCAACUGAAGGGCAUCGUAUCCCGCCUGUACAGCCAACAUGGCUACUACCUACAGAUGCAGCCCGAUGGCACCAUGGACAGCACGAGAGAUGAGAGCAGCUUAUUUUCGCAGUUUAACCUAAUUCCCGUGGGACUGCGGAUUGUGGCAAUCCAGGGUGCAAAGACGGGGCUGUAUCUUGCCAUGAAUAGUGACGGAUACCUCUAUACUUCUGAUCACUUCACUCCGGAGUGCAAGUUCAAGGAGAGCGUGUUUGAGAACUACUACGUCACGUACUCGUCCAUGCUCUAUCGGCAGACCCAGUCUGGACGCUCUUGGUAUAUCGGUAUCAACCGGGACGGCCAGGUCAUGAAAGGGAACCGGGUAAAGAAGAACAAAGGAGCGGCACACUUCCUGCCCAAAGUUAUCGAGGUUGCCAUGUAUAAGGAGCCAUCGCUACAUGAGCUCACAAGUGAGCCUGUGAGUCCUCCGCGCAAGACAACCAAAACAUCCAAUUCCCCGUCCUUGAAAAAUGGAGGGAAAGAAGCUCCCAAGGCCGACGCCUCAUAGCACAGGAGACAGAGGGCAGGUCACAGGGCAACAGGGACAUUUGGAACGCUGUCAGUCGCCCAUCAUGCGCGCAGGACGGCCGGGUGAACGGCCCUCAUGGUCCACUACUCCAGAAGUGCACAAUAAGAUGCUGAGGGAUGAAGGGUGAGCACUCCAUCAGCAGACAACAGAAUGAGAGAGGAUCCCCCCCCACCCCACCACAGAAUGGCUGGCCGAGACCCUGGCCGAAACAAAUUUGAUGCCCCAUCCCGAUGGUUGUCUCCUCACCAGCCCCUUUAAAUUUCCUGAUGCAAAGGCUGCUUCAUUUCUCACUCUUUUGUUUUUUUCCUCCAAUCCCUACGCAGCAUUUGCUCUAUGGCAACAUGACAUUCACCAUUCACGUCUCUGGUUCAUAAUCCCCCAGUCAUGAGCUCGCUUUGGAUCCCGAAAGUUGGUGACCCAGUCGCCCCGCCGGCUUUCCCCGCGCCAUCUGCCGACCGACUCGGCUAAUCAUCAAGGUCAACGAAAGCUCAACAAGAGAUGAAACGGCUCAGAGUCGAGAUGUCAACUGGAAUCGCGGGUCACGUCAGGCCAUCGGAGAGAAAGCGAUGCCAGAGCAUCAGCAAGUCUACGCCUGUAGCCGCCACUAUUUUGUAUCCAUUAUUUUGAAGAAACCUAAAUUAAAUCCACUAGAGUCCCAGAAUACAAAUUAAAACCAUGACUUCCCAGCCUUCUGUAAUAUGGAAAUGUAUCCAUCCAUCCAUCCAUCCAUCCAUCCAUCUUCUGAGGUGCUUAUCCUUAUAAGGGUCAUGGGAGAGUUGCAGCCUAUCCCAGCCAUCAAUGGGCAGGAGGCAGGGUACACCCUGAACUGGUUGCCAGCCAAUCGCAGAGCACAUAGAGACAGACAACAGUCGCACUCACAAUCAUACUUUGGGCUAAUUUACAGUUUCCAGUGAAUGUUUUUGGGAUGUGAGAGGAAAGCGGGGCACGGGAAGAACACGCAAACUCCGCACAGGCGGGGUUGGGAUUUGAACCCCACACCUUAGAACAGUGAGGCCAACGAUCUAACCAGAUGCUCCACCGUGCCGCUAACGUGGAAAUAUGAAUAAAUUGCAAUAAAACCAUCCACCAAUCUUCUAAAUACAACCCACGGGUUCUGAAAUCAGAGUCAUCGAUAAGUUAAUAAGCAAAAAAAUAUAUAGUUCUUGCUCAAGAAGCCAGGGCAUACUGUAGGUCCUGAAAAAAGAAAUGAAAAAUGACUGAGACAAGAGAAUAGCGAACGCCUUUCCAACCUCCUCCUCAUCAGGUGAUCACUUAUCGUUAGAGCAAGCUCAAAGGCUACACAUGAACAAGCGCGUCAUAUUUUCAAUCCAGUGCGGAUCAGAAGCCAGUCAUGUGAAAACGAGCUGAGAGGCGCACAUCUCACUCGGCAUCUGCUGUCAGCAGAAAGCCGUGUUUGAAGGCAAACAUCAAAGCCGGAGGAGCCUCUGAGCAGGAGCACUUGUUAUUCUGACGAUGUCUGGCAGCUUAUCCGUGUGCUCCGCGUUCUCAAAUCACCUUGGAAGAAUCGCCCUCAAAAAAUGGAGCUGUCUGAGUGGAUGUCUUGGUGUGACUGUGUCGUAACCCUGGCGUGUGGACGGCGUUGACUCUGCGCUGACGCUUUAAGCGUCUGUGUAGAGGAAAAGAGAUACUGCAGGUAACCUUAACCGUGUCAUUCAGAAACAACGCAAUGUAGGGCGGCGGGAGAAUUUCGAUCAACUGUUUACAUCUGAGAGCACACACAUACACACAAGGUAAUACAUUAACCACCACCACCCGCUUUUUUUGGGCUCGCUAUAGAAAUUAUAAGACAAUUUUAAAUAAAUAUGCAAUGACCUCGUGCCAGUCUGAAAAUUUUAAAAGAUUCUGUCACACAUGCAAGCUACUUUGCUUGGAUACCAUCAGCAAACAUACAAAACAGUGCUAAGAAUGGCAAUAUCAUAACUAUGGCCACAAAAAUAUACAUGAGCUUGCCCCCCCCCCAAAAAAAAACCAUACAAAUAAGUAAGCCCUUACACACACACACAAAACAGUGGAUUGUACGUAUUUAAUCACUUGGAAAAAACGCCAAUUUAAUUGAGAUUCUACAGCCAAAGAUAAUGUUUUAUGCAACGUAUACGUUCAACGUGUUUCCAGAUGGUGCUGUGGCAGGACUUGACAUCGUUUUCUUUUCUUCUCGACUCGUUGUGAUAACGGAACGGGUUAGUGAAUUGGAGGCUUUGAACUAUAAAUGCGAUGUACAGAGUCUGAAACCGUGUUGGAUUGUAAAAACAUGCGCUGUACAUGCAGUAGAUGCACGAAAGAAGCCGUUAGCGAGGGAAAGAGGCCAUGCAAGUUCUCGAGGAAUCCUGCUAAGGAAUUUCUUCAUCAGGCAUGCGAGAUGUUUUGUCAGGGAUGCACGAAGAGGCAUGAAAAUAUCAUAAUGAACGCAGGACAAACAGCACGUCUGGCACUGUGAGUUAUUUAUGACAGGGACUUUAUGGAUGAAAUGGGUUGGAGCGCUCUUCAUAUUUCAGUGGCGUUUGCCGUUUUGAGUUUCAAGGAGAAAUUGAGUCAUAUUUUCACAUACAAAAAGGGAAACGCCAAUCAUCGCCGCUUAGUUCCUGUAUAGCAAUAAUUUAUUUUUCCAAAUAGAGAGUAGACGUGUUCUGCAAUGUUUUUUUUAAAGGUUUAUUUAGCUGUGACUCUGGCAAAAAUAGCGCAUCUUAUGAUUUUCUCAGACAUGCGUAUCCUUAUUGUCUUUAUGAAGCACUAGUAAAAAAAAAAAAAAAAAGCCCUUGAUGCUCAUAAUGCUGACAAAAGUCCCUCGCAAGUUGUCAAGAGAGCAAAACUACACGUAGACAGACGGCACAUAGAAUGUUGAAAAAAAAGAUUGUUAUUGAAUGUGAAGUACAGAAUGCAGUAUAAAGGAAGUCAGUGAAUUUGCAAGUAUUUCCAUGAAAGGUUAGCGCAAUUGGAGUUUUCAAAAAAACCAAAAGGUUUGUUUGCAAAGUCCGUUGAUUAAAAGUUGGCAAAGUGCAAGACAGAGCAGAGGAGAAAAACAAAGGGCAUGGGAAACAAUGAUCGAUAGAUUCAAUGAAACCCAAACAAGAGACUUGUGAUGGUUGCAAAAAUGACUUGAAGGUCUGGCAGAGACAGCAAAAUCCAUUUGUUCAUGAAGAACUCAGAGACCAUGUGAAGAGAACACACACACACACACACACACACACACACACACAAAAAAGACUUUUGCUUGUUUCUGCAGAGCAAUAAAAAACGUGCUCCUGACUGCAUUUCCUUUGAUUAUGAACAACAUGACGAGACAGACGAUCUUUUAGCACAUAUAAAGUGAGGCGAGAUGCUUCAACCAAACCACCCCCGCGACUCGGAUCCCUUGAAGAGUAAUUGACUAUGCAAGCCCUGGACAGCACUUGAAACAUGAAAACAUUAACUUAGCAUCCCAAAGGAUGACAACCCACGAGCCACUGACGGCUUCCGGACGAUAAAGAACGUGAAAUUGCUGUUAAAGUAGCCGUGAGGAACAAUUGAGUUGUUGGACUUUCAAACGCUUGCGGUUAAUAAAAGUCAUAACUGCAUUCCCCAAAAACAGAGAGAGAGUAAUAAAUAAAUGAAAAUAAUUCCACCUUGAAAUAAGCAUCGCAAUGCAACAAGAGCACGUCAAUAGGUAAAAAAAAAAAAAAAAAAAAUCCCAAAGAUUCAGAACCUAUUAUAUAUUCAAGUAAGAUUACUAAAAAAAUUGUUGAUGAAUAAUCGCAGCAUAGACUGAACCCAUUACACUCGAAAGAAAACGAACAUAAUCCGGUAAGUAAUUUGGAGCCGUACGUUUCGCCUUCACCCGAUGAUAUUUUUGAUUUACACUGCAAUAAGAUAUUCAGAGAACGAUGCACCUUGGGACUUCACUGACUGACUCUUCCGAGGCUGUAAAAUGAUUGUAGUUGUUCCGUAUCCGCAAGGGCAAAAACUCACGCCGUCGCUCUGCAAAGCGCAAAAAUGUUUGCUUUGCUGCAGGUGGCCGCAUUAACUGCCGCGUGUUCUGUCUGUUUGCAAAAAAAUAUACAUAUUUAAAUGUCAGCAUACAUGGACGUCUGUGUACAACUAGCUCCCUCUAAUGGAAAUAACUGUUCGAUUUUCCCAAUUACUUACACAUCUCCGAUCAAAAUUUGAUAGCUAUUGAUUGCAUUUUGCGAUAAUAUGUAUGAUCUCGCAGUCAUCCAAAUGAAUCGCCGCGUUACACCCCUUCUGAAUAAUUUGUCAAUGUCAACACAAAGGUUAUUUCCGGUUUUCUAGUCAGCAUGUUGAAGAGAAAGUUAUGUGCAUACAUUAAAUGCAAAAAUCUCAAUUUUACAACCACUGGCUGAGGUAACAAAAUGAAUGAAUCCUCCAGUCGAGAAAACGACUCCAGUCUUUGUGUUUGAGAGAGACGUCGAUUUAUUUUGAUUGAAGGUUCCCAUGAAGAAAUCUUGCUCCAUUUUGUCUUCCUGGUUUAUGUAAAUGGUGAGGAUGAGUCACUAAUCCUCCUCACUCCGGUGGGAAAGGAGAAUAUGAGCAUGGAUUACGACUGAUGAAAGCAAAAAAAAAAAAAAAAAAAAAACUACCUAAAAUUUACACUGACUUCAUAUCUUGAAAUUGACCGUCUUUGGACAGAAUAUUGCUUCGCAGUCCUUUUGUUGAUUUCUCUUUGAAUGAGGAGAGUUUCUGACACAGGAAAAGGUGAGAUCCGACGUGGUCUUCAUAAACUAUUUGGCAGUGUGCUUUUAGAUAAAAAAUGUUCUAUCAUAUUAAAUGUAUGCUAUGUCAAUUAUGUAUACUGUACAGUAUGAGUAGUGUACUAUGUCAAGUUCUGUUUACAACUCUUGGUAUGUAUUGUCUGUUGUUUUUUAUUUAUUUAUUGUGUUUCAUUUCCAGUAUGAAGUCCUCUAACAAAGCAGAGGGAUUCUUCCUCUUCAAAUCUGAUCUCUUUUUGGCGGUUUUUUAAUUUUUUGGGGGUCUUUGGUUCGCAUUGACGCAUCUUUACAAAUGUCUACCCUUCAUUGCCUCCUGUGUGACCAAGUUUUAUGUUUGUGAAAGAUGUACUCAAGUGAAAACUGAAGGGGGGGGGGGGGGGGGAUGACCAAAGCUCACAUGUGUCCUGUCAAAACCAACAAUGACCUUUCUGGGCUCACAGUUCUGGUCACGCACGUCUUCCAAAAAGUUUCCGUAAACUACUCCCCCCCCCCAUCUCUCUCUUUCCCUCACCCCCUCCCUCUCUCGCACUCAAGGCCAUCUUCUCGUCUUCCAAAAAAAAAAAAAAAACGGACAUUUUCAGCAAAAGAAGCAAGCUGAUUUAAAGCCAUAAAGGAACGUGGGUGGGCCUUGGCAUUGAACGGCCAAAGAGAGUGAAGGUCUGGAUCUGUAGGCACCUACGGAUUUAGUCACAUGGUGGACUCCAAAUCAAGCAACAACAACAACAAAAAAUGGCUCCUUUUUAAAAAAAAAAAAAAAAAAACAAUUCCACAGAAAUUACAACCAGCAAUAUGCAAUGGGAACUUUGGACCAGUUUGGAAUCAAGGAUGUGGAAAUUUAACAGGGGAUUGAACUGAAAUGGAUUUGCUAUGGCAAUCUUUAGUCUGCAAUAAUAAUUACUGUGUCUAGAAAGACAAAAAAAUGAUUUUUUUUUCCUUGCAAAGUAUGUCUCUGUGGUUUGACUCUUCAGGGAUGAUCCCUCCCAGUAUCUACAGACACAACCCCCCCCCUCCUCCUCCUCCCCGAUUUACCCUCUCGAAUAACCCGAUGUUCCGUCAAACGUGUGUACAUAUACAGUGUCUGUACAA